AGCAUUGCCAGCAGGGUCAUGACACAGGCGGGCGUCUCCAAUGGCCCAGAGCUCGGCCGGGGCUUCCCCUGAGCCCCCCGCAGCCACCGCUGCGGCUCCCGGAGCAGGGGCUCCGAGCUGCGCUCCUGCCCCGCGCCCAGUGCAGCCCCCGCGCUGGGGGUGAUGCGAUGGUCCCGUCCGGGCUGAGUUCCGCGGAGCUCCCGGGCGGCUCCGCCGCUGCCCCCGCCCGCCCCGGGGCAGGCACCGAAGGCGUUCCCGGCCGCUCGCCUACCGUUUCCUGCGCAGCUUCUCCUUCUCCCGUCCCGCCGCCGCAGCCCCAGCUGGGGCAGUGCCCAUGGCUCGCCCGGUCUCUGCGGCGGCUCCGCUCCUGCUCGGGCCGCUCAGCCUCGUCCCGCUGCGGCUCUGCGCCCCAAACCCUCCUGUCACUGUGCCCAGGUGUGGGUGCCCAGGUGGAUCCAGGCUUCCAGCUGCGACAGCCCCAGGACAAGGUGUCAGUGGCAGCCGGGGGGACACUCACCCUGACCUGCACCGUAUCUGGAGUCAGUCCCCCUGGCCCCGUGAAGUGGCUGAAGGGCUUGGGCAGCGGGAACGUGACUGUUUAUGAGCAGACGGGCUCCUUCCCCCGUGUGACGAGGGCAGUGGAUGGGUCCAACACAGACUUCACCAUCCGCAUCAGGGAUGUUCAGCCUGAGGACUCUGGCACCUAUUACUGCGUGAAGUUCAGUAAAUCGGUGGGUGGCGAUGAGGUGUUUCGACAUGGAGGUGGCACAGAGGUGUCCCUGUAUGAGACAUCUCUCAUUCCCGUCACGGUGGCUGCAGCUGUCGUCCUCUGCUUCCUCCUCCUCGGCCUCUUUGUCGCCUUUUUCGUGUGCAGGAGGAAGCGCAGAGGCGAGACGGAGAGACGGUGCCUGGACAAGCCGGUGGCCGUGGGCAGCUUCUCACCCCCGACGCUGUGGUGCUGUGCAGGGACCCCCCCCAGCACCCUCAGCAGCGAAGUCCUGGAUGCAGAGGCCUCAGGUCUGCCCAGCAAGCAAAGCAGCAAGGAGGACAACGAAAUCCACUACGCUGAUCUGCAGCCCCUGCCUGCGGCCACACGGCGCAGCAGGAGCCCCGGCACAGCCUGCUCCGAGUACGCCAGCAUCAGGGUAGAUACCAAGUGAUGUGUGGCACCGCAGCCCGGGAGGCCAAAGAGCCCAUUUUCAAGGAGGAAGCAGGGACAUUUCUACAGAGUGCAAUAAAGAAGUGAAUCUGUUCAUGUGGCACAACUC